UUUCAGUUUUUAGUUGCCAUGUGACGACUCAAAGCCCUUUGGCUUCAGUGGGUGUGUGUGGGAACAACUGUGCAUACCCAUCAUGCCAGUGCAGGAACACUGCAUUAUGAAGUUUCCAUCUUGGAAAGCAUAGCCGCCAUUUUUAUAGUUUUUAGCCAUAUUGACCCAGUUUGUCAUAGCAGCCUUCAGAAUCCGCUGCAAUCUUGUUGUCAUCCGCCAUCCUCACCGGCACUGUUCCCACGGCUAUUAUAACAUGUCAUAAACUGAUAGAUACUCAGUGGAGCACAGAGCAUACACGUACAUCCGAACACACAUGUAAACAUAGACAAGCUCACUGCAUCAAUGCAUGCAUGCCAGGAUGAGAUUAAGUACAGCCAGUUGCACAAGUAUUGAAGCAUAGAAGCACACGCACACAUGGGGAGAGCAUGCUCCCACCGUUGAUCAAAGGAGCUGUGAUGUAAUCAGUCUCAGAGCUUUGUACACAUCCCUCAUUAACUUUCACCAGAGGCUUUAAUGAAAAAUCACUGAAGGGAAUCUCCACUUUCUCUCACUCCUUCUUCUCUCCAUCUCUCCUCCUCAUCUCCUCGUUCACUCCCUGCAGUAUCUGCUCAUCCUCCUCCUCAUCCAUCUUCUACACUAUGCCUCCCCUUCGCUCCCUUUGCCCCAGUGGCAGGCUUGACUUCCGCUGAAACAGAGUAAAUAUUUCCCAUGGCUUAUCUGACCGCUGGUAGGACGACUAUGACACUAAGUACAAGACUCUGCUAAUUAACACAGAGCCUUGGUUGCAUGGGUCAGAGACCCUGAUGAGGACAGUCAGAACUUUAAGUAUGACUCAUGAAAUACAGGGAUAUCAAGUUCGUUAAAGUCAGGUACAACACUGGCUGCGUGUUUGCAGUCACUGGAGAUACAACUAUUUUUACACACAUCUUGACUUGAUUUCUAAGUUUUGGCCUCAUCUGGACAAGAAGCUGUGAGGAAGGAAAAAAAGCAGGAAUAAAAUGAAAAACAGAAAACAGCUUCCUCCCUCUCUCUCUCUGUGUCUCUUUCCCUCUCUGGCUCUUGUCCAGGUACAGUCCAGCCCCUUGGUUCUGGAGGUGUGACGUGUAAGUUACUUCCCUGUUGUGCAAUCAUCAAGAGACUCUUGGGGCCUAUAAGACCCCCAACCUCAUCUGGUUUCUCAGAGUCUCCAGCUUGUCUUCUCCACACACACAGACACAGAGGCAUGUUCUGGUGAGGGGAACUCAGCUGUGCAGUCUCUUAGGGUUGCAGAGCAAUUGUCAAGGAAUGGAUUUGGGCCAAAAGACACACUGAAAACUUCUUGACUUUUUGGACUUUUUGGCUCAACCUCUCAAGGUAAAAUGAAUUCUUUGAAUACACUGAAAUUGUUUGCAGACUCUGGUUUGAUGUAUAAAGGAAUCAGCUUGAGUUUACAUUUGUGUUUCUUCUGUCUUGACAUGAUCUCUAUAUGCUGUUUUCCCUUAAACUGCAGAUUGUCUGCUGUCUGUUAUUACUUAUUUACUCUCUGUAUGAGCUGGACAGUUUGUGCCCACGAACAAUUUAAUUGACUCUUGAGGUCCCACUCGAGUACUAAAUCUCAAAUUAAAUUGACACUUUUUCCCCCAUCUAAAUCAUGGAUGUCUCAAAAACUUAUUGCAGCCAUUUAUACAAAAUAGACUUUUCUGAGGAAUCCAUUAAGUAGUCGGAUCAUUACACCCCCUUCAUAUGUAUUUCAUUACUGCCAAACUUCAAGAAUGGUGUAAUGUAUUUUUGCUGUGAUUAGUUAUCAAGUGGGAAAGCUAAUAAACACUGACGCCAACCAAGGAUUGCUGUGUUGGAAAUCUUUCUUGUCCGUAAAAGGCAGCUGAAUCUAAAAUGUUCCUCUCUUAUUUUCAGCUGACCUUGGAUAACUCAAAGGAGGGAAGUCAAAUUGUGUGACACAACGGAAUAUCCAUUUUUAAAAUGGCAAUCCCAAAUGGCCCCUCUCUUUUCAACUCCACCUCUCCACUGUAUUCAACAACAAUCACCUAUGACAACACCUCUACGGCUGAUUCUACUCUUAACUGCUCAGACUGGUCCCAUGUGCCCAUGACCACGGCCAUCCCGGUCAUUUAUAGUGUUAUAUGCGUGCUGGGAACAAUAGCCAACGCCCUGGCAGUGUGUGUGCUGGGCCAUGGCAGCGCCUCAAGGAGAACUGUAGCAAACACAUUCAUGUUGAACCUUUGUGUGUCCGACCUGCUCUUCCUGUUGUCUCUCCCGCUGUGGGCCGUCUACUACUCACACAGCUACAACUGGCCCUUUGGCUUGGUGGCCUGCAAAGUUUGUGGAUUUCUCCUUCAUCUCAACCUGUAUGCAUCUAUCUUCUUCAUCACAAGCAUGAGUGUGGACCGCUACCUGGCAAUUGUGCAUCCGCUCCGUUCGCAGAGUGCACGAGACCCCAAACGUGCCCGGCUGACAUGCAUCCUUGUGUGGGUGCUGGCAUUUGCUUGCUCAGCCCCCUACUUGUAUCUGAGGAAGCUGCACUAUUUUGAGGAGAUAGGAGUGCUAGCCUGUGUGAUCAAUUAUCCUAAUCAUACCUUGGAUAUGAUUCUGGUGUGUUCGAAGAUUGUUCUGGCCUUUCUGCUGCCACUGCUUGUCAUCUCCUGUUGCUACUGUGCUAUUGGCAGGCAUUUGUUGGCUGACACAGGGCUGGUGAGAAUGCAGCCAUCACAUUCCCCAAAUAUGCCCUCUUUUAAAUCCCAGGAGAGCUACAGUAAGCCAGAGAGACCCCCAACGCCCUGUGUGAGCCCAAGCUCCAGCGGAAGCAGACCUUUGGAGGGCAGAGGGCUUGAGCGAGUGUUAUGGACAGUAGCCGCUGUGGUCCUGGCCUUCUUCCUCAGCUGGUUCCCUUUCCACUGUGUGACCUUAUUGGGUAUACUCAAGAGUGAGGGCUGGUUGGCUGGCUGUUGGUUAGACUGGACCAUUGAAACCUUCACCCCUCUUACCCUUUCCUUGGGGUUCUCCAAUUCAGCUAUCAACCCUGUGCUCUACUGCUUCAUUGGAAACCACUUCCGGGGACGUCUAGGAGGGCUCUGCAAGGGUAUUUGUGCUUGUCUGAAGACCCGUGGAGAGGACCAGAGCCAGAAGAGGGGCUCCUUUAGCACAAGGCUGAGCUCCUUCUCCCGAAAACUCAGUGACUUGAAGGAUCUGGCUAUUGUGGAGCCCUCUGGGCCUGCUUAGAGAGGCCAAAAGGGGAGACUUUUCCUUUUCGAUCACUGGCUUCACACCCAAAGAAGUGAUACCAGUGUCAAGUGACUGCUGAACUCCAAUUAGCAUGAACGUGUGAGACAGAACUGUUACUAUAACUGACACAGUCAAAUUUCUGCGGAGCUCAGUGCUGUCGUUUCAAAGACAGAAAAUGUGAGCAAAGAAAAAAGAACUGUGAAAAAUAAUGUUCGAAGGCUCAAGGCUGAAUAGCCUAAAGGUGUAACAAACAAAUAAAUAAGGAAUUUACUACCUUUAAUCUUGUGAAAAAGCAGCUGGUGUCAGUAAAAAAUAAGCUCACGAUACCCCCUCCUCUACCUGCUCUGAACCAAACAAUAGAAAGUUAGCGACUAGCUUGUGAAAAAAGUAAAACCUUCCAGUGUCCACAAAGCCACGAGUCUCCCUUAGGAUUUUUUUUUUCUGAAUAUAAUCUCUUUUCAAGUAACACAUUUCACACAGAUCACUUUUUAGACAAAAAGCUGUAAGAGCUUUAGAGACUCCAGGGCUGAGAUUUCAGCUAAACUAGUUUAGUAAUAUCUUAGCAGGGUUAGCUUAGAAACAGUUGUUGGAUUUAGCUACAGCCCAAUUCCUCUGGAAUAGCUAUCAUUAUUGCAAUGAUUUUGUACAAUCAAAGUUGUUUUACUGCAAACAGGACACAUCUAAGAGGGUGAAUCCAAAAGUGAACAUUAUCCUGUACUACUUGUGGCUAGCAAAACAGUCUGUCUUUAUUUAAGAUAUAGCCUCUGAGCUAGCUGUGUUAGCCAUAAUGUGGCUGCAAAAUUUGACAACGAUUUCAUUAUUUAUACAGUUAAAAAAAGGUCAGAGUAAUAUUCAUUUUGUGUAUUGAACUGAACUGCAUUUUGGCAGGCCAAAAGAGAUGAGAUUGUCAUGUAUUAAAAUAAUUAUCAACCACUUAAACGAAGUUACUCUUACUGUCUGGACCAACAUCUUUAUGUGUAUAUUAUUUUAACUUGUAAAGUUUGCAUGCCACCAUCAUUUCAAGACAUUUAGUGAAAUGAUUAUUGUAUUUCUUUAAAUGCAUUAUGAAUAAAGUUAUUUGACUUAAA